AUGAACAUGUCUGGUCACAGCUACAGUCUCUAUAAUGCCAUCUAUGCCAUAGUACAUGCUCUACAUGGCAUGCUCUUGCCCAGGACAAAAUACAGGGCAGCGGUGGAAGGAGGGAUGCAAGAGUUUCAAAUGCUGCAGUCUUGGCAGGUAAUGCCUUUUCAUGAAAUACAAUUUAUUUGACAUGAACCGUGCCCUGGAAAUUAGUGUAGAUUACCUCCCAGCAGUCCUCUAAGCAGUCUUCUGAACUCCUUUCUCAUCCUCUUACUCCUUCAUUGCUAUAAUUCAAUAAAUUCAUAAAACAAAAAACAUCCCAGAAUUGCCAUUUAAUUUGUGCAUUCAUGCUGCAUGGCAGUAAAAAGGACAUUGGAUCGGAAAACAUUUUUUUACGUUACCUUGAGCUCCACACUUUUUUAUUUAUUGGAGCUGGAAUACAUAUAUUAAAUCACAUCAAAAGUAAGCACUCCCUACAACACAGAACUCAUCCACACUGCCCAUAUGACGUUCGCCUCCAAAUCACUCUCUUCCCACACUUCUCUCUUCCUCAGUCUGAACUUUCUCAUUCUAUGGAUACUCCAAAAAGGGGAGGGCAUGAGAAAUUAUGGAUUGAGGGAGGGAAAGUUUGAGAAGGAAUUGAGAAAAAUGGAUUUGUUGCAAUAGUGUGACAGAGCGCUUUAACAACCCCUUUUAUUUGUGUAAACCUAACAUUCUGGUAUGUGCAUGAAACCCUCCCAGAAAAUACGGGCAGUUUGGAGCGAUUACUUCAUCAUUUCUAUUUUCUUUCAAUGCAGCUCCACCCCUUUCUUAGGAGGGUCUCCUUCAACAACUCUGCUGGAGAAACAGUAUCUUUCGGUGAGAACAGGGAAGUAGAAGCUGGCUUUGAUAUUACUAACAUGGUCACUUUUCCAAAUAACUCCUUCGUGAGAGUCAAGGUUGGAAGGAUGGAUUUGGAGGCUGACCCAGGUCAGGAAUUCUCCAUUGAUGACAACCGAAUGGUGUGGCACAGAAGUUUUCAACAGGUGGGGCAUAAUUCCAACAUCCAUGAGAUAUAGGGAAACAAAAUAUUACGCACUUAUUGAUCAUCAGCCCAGCACAUACCUGGUUUUCUAGCCUCAUUCAAAACAUUUACUUCUGCAUUACAUUAGAUGCGCUUGCCGGAUCAGGCCAAUGGCCCACCUUCUACACCAUUUUUUUCUCAGAUUGGCAAACCAGAUGUUUGUGGAAAAUCCACAAGCAGGAACUGGGCCCAAGAGUGCUCUCUACUCUUGUGGUUGUCGGUCAAACUCCAGUCCUUGGUUUUGCAUCAAUCUGCGACUCAGAGCUUCAGAAGUCUUUCAGAAGCUGAGCACGCAAGCCAGCAGAGAAAACAAACUCUUCGCAAAGGAAGGGCAGACAAAGGCAUAUGUAAAGCAUAUUUACAAGCAGUUUAUUCAGCAUAGAUCAGGACAAAGAAAACAUGUCUGCUCUCCUUCAUGUCCAAGAGCUAGAAGCAAUAAAGCAAAAGUCUACACACAACGGAAGUUCCCAGCAAGCUGUGCUGGAAUGUAAACAGACAUGUGUCAUACUCCACACAUCUGUUAAGGUGGAACGGAACAUCACUAUUCUAAUAGUGCCUCUGACCGUGAAGACGGAGCAUAACCUCCCUCAUGGCUAAUAGCCACUAAUAGACCUUUCCUCCACGAAUUUUUCAAAUCCUCUUUUAAAACCAUCCCAGUUGGUGACUAUUACGGCCUCCUGUGGGAAUGAGUUCCAUAGUUUAAGUAUACUGCAUGAAGAGCUGUAAAUGGACUAGACACAUUGCCGCAAAUUACAACGGAGCUUUUAGCAGUUUAAUACCCUUUUCAAAUCUUGCAAGCAAUACAUCCCCCCCCGAAAAUCCCCGCCCCCAAUUUUUCAAGUGUAUUUCCAAAAAAAAAAUUGUUCUCUAAUGUUCAAUUUUAGUUCUUCUACUUGGGGUGGGGGGAAUCACACCUAAGUUACCAUAGUUUUGGCUUCAGAAUCCUUAGAAUUUAACUGAAACACCAACGUCACUACCCACCUGUAUCCUAAGGAAAAUUGUUGGUGGAAGAGGUAUUCUAUUUAUGUAUGGAGACAAAAUGGGCAGGGCUGGUGAAAAUUAGCCCCCAAUCCCCUCCCCAGUUUGAGCCCUCAUGCUUGCUUUUUGAAUGCCUGAAGGGGACUCAAAUUUGGUCAGUUUGGUCCUGCCUUUGGAAUAAGUAGUUUAGUGUCUUCUUACUUCUAGCUGUGGGUUGGAAAACGGAAGGCAAACAUGCUAUGAAUUUCUGUGUGCUAAAAUUUUAAAGUAUUUGGUUAAAUGGGCAGGUUCCACCCCUUUCUGUGUGCAACCCAAGUUGUCCUCCUGGUUCCAGCAAGGAGAAGAAGGAGGGGGAGCCAUUCUGCUGCUAUGAUUGUGCUCCAUGUCCUCAAGGCAAGAUUUCAUCCCAAAAGGGUAAGAGACACAAGAGAUAUACUUUUCAAACCGUAUGUCAUGUUAGAAGUUGUUGAAAAGAUCAAGCAAAUAAUUGGUAUGCAUUGUUUGAUUGGAGAAUGGCAUCACAAAUUUUUAGAGAAGUACUCAUUUUUCAGGGCAACUGUAUUUUGUUUCAUGUGUUGGUGAAAGGAGUGCAAUUUGGGUAAUCUUUCCAUUCAAAGGGCAACAAAACCAAAGUUCUCCUCCAUCCCUAUUAGCAGACAUAAAGGAAUAUGGACCUUUCCUCACAAGAAAAGGUUUAUAACCCAUGAUCUCAUCUUUGUCAGGUUAAAAUACAGCAGGCAAUACUGAGCUAAAUGGACCAGUGAUCUGACUUGGUAUAAGAUACUUUCCUUAGUUCCUGUUCUGAACAAUUGAUACAAGGAUGAUUUCUAUUUGUAGUUGCCACCAUUGUCCAACUAAAUUGCAGAAUGUGGUUCCAUAUUGGCAACAUAUCUGAAAUCUGAGUGUAUUUUCUCUCUCUCCAGACAUGGAUGAAUGUGUUGCAUGCCCUGAAGAUCAUUAUCCAAACAGGGACCAAUCACAAUGCAUUCCAAAGACAAUCAACUUCCUGUCUUUUAAAGAGCCAGUGGGGAUAAUCUUAGCACUGUUUGCUCUUUCUCUCUCUCUCCUCACAGUGGUGGUCCAAGCCAUCUUCAUUAAACAUCAGGACACACCAAUUGUCAGAGCAAACAAUCGGGACCUAUCCUACACCCUCCUCACUUUCCUCCUGCUCUGCUUUCUCUGCCCGUUGAUCUUCCUCAGCCCUCCAGAAAGAGUCAGCUGCCUGCUCCGACAAAUGGCUUUUGGCCUUGUUUUCACAGUGACUGUUUCUUGUGUUCUGGCCAAAACGAUCACGGUGGUUCUGGCCUUUGUGGCCACUAAACCAGGAUCCAGAAUGAGAAAAUGGGUGGGGAAAAGACUGGCAAGCAUCAUUGUGUUUUCUUGUUCCCUUAUCCAAGCAGGCAUUUGCACUGUGUGGUUGGGAACCUCUCCCCCAUUUCCUGAUUCUGACAUGCACUCUGUGAUGAGGGAAAUCAUUCUAGGCUGUAACGAAGGGUCAGUUGCCCUGUUUUACUGUGUCCUGGGCUACAUGGGCUUUUUGGCCAUUAUCAGCUUUGUUGUGGCAUUUUUUGCCAGGAAACUGCCUGAGAGCUUCAAUGAGGCCAAAUUCAUCACCUUCAGCAUGUUCUUGUUUUGUAGUGUUUGGAUCUCGUUUGUUCCAGUGUACCUGAGCACCAAGGGGAAAUACAUGGUGGCUGUGGAGAUCUUCUCCAUCUUGGCCUCCAGUGCUGGCUUACUGGGCUCUAUCUUUUUCCCAAAAUGCUACAUCAUUGUGUUGAGACCUGAUCUGAACAGCAAGAAGAAGUUAAUAAAGAAGAAAUAACAAAUUAACCUAUCAUCUUUGUUUAUUUGUUCUAUCAGAAUAUGGGCAAUAUAAUCUCUCAUUAUCCUUAUUGUAUGAUAUAUUUUUUUGUUUAGCUAUGUGCAAUUUAUUUGAAAAUUCUCUGUGGUCACUGUGAGACAGGUUUCCCUAAUCUUUUUGGACUUGAUGUUGCAUUUGGAAAACAAAGAAGCUGUAAUGGAUACCACAAAAUAUUAAGGCCUGUUUCAUAGGAUCAUCACCUUAUAAGGGUGUUGUUGUGCUCCCCGUGGAUUCUGUUUGGUGGGUAGUGUGUCUGAGGCUUCCCCUCACCCCUGUCUUUUUGCUAUCCCUCUUGUUUUCCUUUGGUCUGCUUUUACAGUGAAGGUGUGUGAACACCCUUUUGCCUUGGAGAUGAGGACAGUGGAGGAGGUAUUUGGUAAGGCUAGCUAAGAGUCCUUUUUAUUUGUGUGUGUGCUAUGUUCUGUAUUCUAAAUGCUUUUAAAAUGUUGAUUAAUUUUAUUUGUCAACUUAUAUGACUACUGGGUCUUAGGAUCUUUUUUGCUUUAAAUCAUCUGUGUAGGUCUUGGGAAGGAAGUCCAAUUCCAUUGCUGGUCAUGGAGCAAACUGGAAGAGACAUUUGUUCUGUUUUCUUUUCACUAAAGAAGCCGUAGGUAUAGAGACCUGUGCUUAGGCACAUGUGAAUGUCUGAAGUUCCCUGGGAGUUAGUAUGUUGUUCCUUUAUCCUCACUACCUGGUAAAAGCAGCAGGAGGUGGUAUUGUAGCCAACUGGGUCUUUAAUUGACUUAGACAUUCAUUUCUAACGAUGUCCUCUAACCAAACGAUACUCAGGGAAAACCAACCCUGCCAGCAACCCUGCGAAGUCACCCAAAAUUCUGAGUCAGGGUACUCAAGUUUUUUCCUGGACAUCCAAUGACUUUCCCCAAGACAAAAAGCAAAGAUCCAUUCUUUGUCGUCUCAGCCACAAACCCACCCAGCCAUAAGCAAGCUGCCAGGCACCAGAUUCAGAGCAAAAGCUUACAAUAAGAAGCCACAAAAGCAAAUAGAAGCUAAUACUUUAUUAAGAGAUUACAGUACAAAACAGAACAAUUUUACCUUAAAAUUACAGUUAAAUAAAGAUACAAAGACACCUUUGGUACCUGAGUACAGACCGAAAAUAACAAGAGCUAGCUUGUCUUGCCCUAAUCCCAACAAUUAGAGGCGCAGGUCCCACCAGCAAGCUUUAUCCAAGCAUACAUGGCUGUUCUGAAUGGGGACCAUUAGACCUAGAUGACAAUAUAAACACACAUUCUAGAGUCAGUUUUCUGUUGCUGUGAGUGCUCUAUUCCUAUUUUCAAGCCUAUGAAAUUUCCCCCGAUUAAGCCUAUCCUGCCUGGAAGCUGGUCUCAUACUUUACAUUAUUUGUUUGGAGAAAAGUUUAUUGAAUUUUUGUAGAAGUACAUUAGAUGAUUUCAGUGAACAAGACAGAACAAAUCUACAUAAAACCUAACCAGCUGCUGGUAUCAUGCACGUCUGCUGAAUAAAAUAAAUUAUCCAUGAACAUAGAAAAGUUCUUCUGUAGUGAUUCCCAUUAUUAGAGGUAGCCCGGCCAGAUUGCUGUAUGGGAUGCAGGUUGCCUAGGAGGACAACAAUAUUAAUUAGUAUAACUAAUGAAUAGGGACUUCUGGUUUCUGUGAAUGGUGAAAAGGAGUGCUAGUCUGAUCGUCUGAGGGAUUAGAGCCCCGCGGAGAUACAGGGGGACGCGCCAAGGCAAGGCACCCCCCCCAAAAAGCCUUGAGAGGGUUCUCAAGGUGUCAAGAGGUCCAGCAGUCUGCAAAAGGGUUCUCCUGUGACCCUCAAACCCCUGUUCCGAGAGGAAUGGGGAGUGGGCGGUGGGCGGUGGGAACCAAAGAGUGAGCCUGCGAUACAUGGCAGUAUCGCAACUCCAUGGGAGCGAAGCCUCAAACUCCUACCUGCAGCAGAGAUCUUCCGAAAACUAAAUUUAAGCCAAUGGAAACGUAAAGAAGAUUAAUUAUUAGAUUUAUUUCGGCUGAAUUCAGUGCUAGACGGAGGAGUAAAAAGGAAGUCCAUCCCCGUUUUCUGGUUAAUCACUGCACGGAAACAACUUUCAGGUGAGAGUGGUAUCAAUUUUACGUGACUCUAUUAGAUAUAUGUCUGCCAAUGGGAAAGAUCGAUUAAAAGCAACUGAAGCCCAUUCUUUACUACCUUUUAUUGGAUUUAUAAUGGAGAAUUGUGGAGAGGACCUUGCAGUAAAGCCGUGGGUGAAUUUGAGCCCAGCAGAGAAUGCUUGAAACAAGACUAUUGAAGUACUCUGUGGGGUGAGUGUAUGGAAGCAACUAUGGGCUUUGCAAGGCACAUUUUGGUUGGAGUGAUUUAAAGAAGACUGAGCUUGCUUCUAAAGUUUUUUGUUUUGUUAAAAGAUAAAUUGGAUCUUUAAAGCUUGAAACUGGCCAUAGAGGCUGAAUAUUGACAGGGAAUGCAGUGCCAGAAAUCGGAACACCUGAGAGCCACUACGCUGCCUAUCUAGAGUUGGAAGCCUGGUAAAGGGCAUUUGGACUCUGCCAAAAAAGAGGAAUUAUAAUGAUCUUCAAUUGUCUGUAACUCUUACUUCAAGACAUUUUUAGAGAACUGGAUCAGUGAGUCUUUUACUCUCCUCUGGAUUAUUACGUUGUGAUUUUGUGUGGACAAACUGCUUUUGUUUUCUUUUUAAAGUAGAUAUCUGUUUAAUUUGUUUUUUUUUAAAGAAUAUUUAUUCAAGUUUUAAGAUUACAAAAAAAGAAAAAACAAAACAAGAAAAACCAAUCACAUACAUCUUACAAAAGAUACACACCAUACAAGAAAAAAAAAAGAAGAGGGAAAAAAAAGAUACACAAGACCAAAAAUCACAAUAAAAAAUAACAAAAAAAGAAUUCAAAUUUAACAAACCGUUUUCCCAUUUACUUAUUUCCGUGACUUCCUCUCACUUCUCUGCUUUGUAUUCUAAUUCAAAUUGUAUCUCCAGCAAAUCCUUCUAACCUUCUUUUCAUUCACUUAUUUUAACAUUUUAACAUUCAAAAAUAUUUAAUUCUCCUCUAUCCUUUAGUUUACACUUCAUAUUUACUUAAUUCCAUUAUACUCUGUCUGCCAAUACGGUCUAAUAUUUCUUCUCCAACCUUUCCUAACAUUCUUUUAUGUUACAGUGAUUCUGUAAAUAUAUUUUAAACUUUUUCCAAUCUUCUUCCAUCAACCCUUCUUCUUGAUCUCGAAUUCUUCCAGUCAUCUCAGCCAGUUCCAUAUAGUCUAUCACUUUUCUCUGCCAUUCUUCUCGGGUAGGCAAUUCUUGUGUCUUCCAAUAUUUCCCAAUGAGUAUUCUUGCUGCUGCUGUCGCAUACAUAAAAAAGUUCUAUCUUCCCUUCGCACCAAUUGGCCGACCAUGCCCAAGAGGAAGGCCUCUGGUUUCUUUAAGAAAGUAUAUUUCAAUACCUUUUUUAAUUCAUUGUAUAUCAUUUCCCAGAAUGCCUUGAUCUUUGGGCACGUCCACCAAAGGUGAAAGAAAGUACCUUCGUUUUCUUUACAUUUCCAACAUUUAUUAUCAGGCAAGUGAUAAAUUUUUGCUAGCUUGACUGGGGUUAAGUACCACCUGUAAAUCAUUUUCAUUAUGUUUUCUCUUAAAGCAUUACAAGCCGUAAAUUUCAUACCUGUGGUCCAUAACCGUUCCCAGUCAGCAAACAUAAUGUUAUGCCCAACAUCCUGCGCCCAUUUAAUCAUAACAGAUUUAACCAUUUCAUCCUGUGUAUUCCAUUUCAGCAGCAAAUUAUACAUUCUUGACAAAUUUUUAGUUUUAGGUUCUAACAAUUCCGUUUCCAGUUUAGAUUUUUCCUCCUGAAACCAAUCUUUUUAUCUAAGUUAAAAACCUCCCUUAUUUGAUAAUAAUGCAACCAAUCUCUGACUUUGGUUUUUAAUUUGUCAAAACUCUGCAAUUUUAAUUUAUCUCCAACUUGUUCUAAAAUUUCACAAUAUUUUGGCCAGUUUGUCUCCAUAUUAUGCCUUUGCCUCCAUUGGUGAUAGCCACCUUGGUGUUUUACUUUCCAACAAAUCCUUAUAUCUCACCCAAACAUUAAACAAUGCUUUCCUGACAAUAUGGUUCUUAAAGGCCUUAUGCGCUUUAACUUUAUCAUACCAUAAAUAUGCAUGCCAUCCAAAAACGUUAUCAAAACCUUCUAAAUCCAAAAUGUCCACGUUUUCAAGAAGUAGCCAAUCUUUCAGCCAGCAAAAAGCGGCUGAUUCAUAGUAAAGUUUAAGAUCUGGCAGGGCAAAUCCCCUCUUUCCUUUGCAUCUGUUAAUAUCUUAAAUUUUAUUCUAGGUUUUUGCCCUGCCAGAUAAAUUUGGAAAUGUCUCUUUGCCACCUCUUGAAACAGUCCAUUUUGUCCACAAUUUGUAAUGUUUGAAACAAGAACAACAUUCUAGGCAGUACAUUCAUCUUUAUCGCAGCAAUUCGGCCAAGCAAUGAUAACUUCAAUUUUGACCAUAUUUCUAGAUCUUUCUUCACCUCUGACCAACAUUUUUCAUAAUUAUCUUUAAACAAAUUCACAUUUUUAGCAGUCAUGUUCACCCCUAAAUAUUUCACUUUGUUAACAAUUGUUAAUCCUGUCUCUUUCUGGAAUCUCUCCUUCUCUAUCUCUGUAAGAUUUUUCUCUAAUACCUUGGUUUUCAUCUUGUUUAAUUUAAAACCAGCUACUUGACCAAAUUCUUGUAUUAAUUGUAACACCCUUUUUGUGCUAGCUUCUGGCUCCUGUACUGUCAAAACUAAAUCAUCAGCAAAAGCUUUCAAUUUAUACUGUUUAGCUCCGAGUUGUAUACCUUUAACCAAUUGGUCUUUUCUAAUCAUAUUGAGCAGAACCUCAAGGACCGAUAUAAAAAGCAAUGGGGAGAUUGGGCAACCCUGUCUUGUUCCUUUCUCUAUCUUAAAUUCUUCUGUAACUACAUUGUUCACAAUAAGCUUAGCUUUUUGUUCCGAGUAAAUUGCACCUAUACCAUUUUCGAAACUUUGGCCUACCCCCAUCCCCUGCAAAUUUUUCUUCAUAAAACUCCAAGAAAUAUUAUCAAACGCUUUCUCUGCAUCCACAAAUAUUAAAACAGCUUUAGUAUUAAUAUUAACUUGCAGUUUUUCCAAAAUGUUAAUAAUGUUCCUAGUGUUGUCUGACAAAUGUCUUCCAGGCAGAAAACCCGCCUGGUCUUUAUGAAUCUCUUUUACCAAUACAUUUUUUAAUCUCUUAGCCAUAAUUUCAGCAAAAAUUUUGUAAUCCACGUUUAGCAGGGAUAUGGGACGGUAGUUCUUCAACUGUGUCUUCUCCCCCUCGGUUUUUGGUAUAAGUGUAAUGUACGCUUCUUUCCACGACUCGGGUGCUCUUCCUCCCCGUAGUAUUUCAUUACAAAGUUCUUUCAACGGUUGCAAUAGCCAUUCUUUCAAAGUUUUGUAAUACUUUGCAGUUAGUCCAUCUGGCCCUGGGGAUUUGCCCAAUUUCAUAUUCAGAAUGGCUCCUUCCACUUCUUGAUCAGAUAUAGUCGAAUUUAAUAUUGAUUUACUGUCCUGAGAUAUUUUUUGUAAUCCAUUAUUUUCCAAAAAUCGGUCAAUAUCUAAAUCUUUCUGAGCCUCCUGCGUAUAUAGCUGUUUGAAAUAAUUCUGAAAGCACUUCCGAAUCUCUCCAGGAUUCUGUAUGUUCUUUCCUUCUACAACCAAGUUCGUAAUUGUAUUCAGCUUUUGUCUUUUCUUCAUUUGCCAGGCCAGUAACUUCCCACAUUUAUUUGCCGAUUCGAAGGUCUUUUGUUUCAUCUGUUGAAUCUUCCAUUCUAUCUCCUGAUUCAUCAAUUUCAUAUACUGUACUUGGUAUAGCUUUAUUUCUUUUAAAAUCUCCUGUGAGUUCGGUUUCGCUCUCAGUCUUUUUUCUCCAUCCUUUAUUUUCUCCAGAAUUUUUCUCUCUUCUCAUUUUGGUAUCUUUUCCUAAUUGCAUUUUGUUGUAUCAAAAUCCUCUCAUCACCGCUUUACUAGCAUCCCAAAUCACUCUUUUUCUGUCGUCGUGUUCAAAUUUAUUUCGAAAUAAUCUCUCAGGUUUUUUGAGCCUUUUUAACAAUUUCCUCAUUCCUAAAUAAGGAGUCAUUCAUCCUCCAUCUAAAGGCCCCAAUUGGCGUUAAUGUCAUUUCAAUCUUUACUGGAUUGUGAUCGGAGCAGAUUUUCGGACAAAUCACUGCUUUUUUGAUUUUAGGAGCCAGUCCUCUAGUUAUCCAGAUUUGGUCUAUUCUUGUCCAUGUCAUAUUUGCUUCAGAGAAGAAGGUUCCUUCUCUUUCCAAGGGGUUCUUUGUUCGCCAAAUAUCCACCAGAUCCAUAUUGUCAGUCAUUUCAAAGAAUGUCUUUGGUAAUCUUCCAUCUUUUGUCACUGUUUGUCUUUGGGCCUUGUCCAUAUUUGUAGACACUACUCCAUUCAUAUCUCCCAUCAAAAUAAUAUUGUAAUCCAAAUAGUCCAGAAGAGUUUCAUGCAAUUUCUUAAAGAAUUCUGAUUUUCCCUCAUUUGGUGCAUAUACUCCUAAUAUCAAAAAUUUCUGUCCUUGGAAUUGAAUUUCAAUUGCUAUGUAUCUUCCUUGAUCAUCUUUAAAUAUGAAUUUUGGUGACAGGCUUUCCUUCGCAUAAAGUACUACCCCUCUUUUUUUAACAUUGUCCGAUGAAAUAAAUUCCUCUCCCAAUCUUUUAUUUAUCAAAAUUUUCCGAUGCAGCCUUGUCACAUGAGUCUCUUGUAAACAGAUCAAGUCCAAAUGUUCUUUUUCCAAUGUAUGAAAUACUCUUCCCCUUUUAGCCGACGAAUUUAGACCAUUAAUGUUCCAACUUAAAAUUUGUAGUGUCAUUUUGUAGCUACUCUCCUUCUCCUCCAACAGCCCCAAGAAGAUUUUCUAUGUCUGUCGGUGGCGUUGGUUUCCCUUUUUGCCUGCUUCUUGUCCGGUAUCGCAAUGUCUUUUCCCAAUCCUUUCAGUAGAUCUUCUUCAUAUGCACUCAGGAACUUGUUCUUUUCCUCCACUGAUCUGAUCUUGGUCUUUCUUCCCUUAAAACUAAAGGAUAGGCCUUGGGGAAAUUCCCACCUGAAAAGAAUUUUAUUUUUUCUCAACAAGUCUACCAGAUCCCCAAAGUCCUUUCUCAAAUCAAGAAGGUGUUUUGGUAUAUCUUUAAAGAUUUCAACUUUUGAUUGUAUAAUUGUCAAGGGUUUUUCGUAAUGCAAACCCAAAAUUUUGUCCCUUUCUUCCUUAGAUCGAAGGGUGAUCAAACAAUCCCUUAUUUUAAUCUUUCUUCCUCCUUUCCCCAAUCGAAAGGCUCUCACAAUCUUAAAAUCCUCUUGUUUCAAUUCCGAUUUCCAAAAGUCCAAAAAUUCCUGUGUCAAAAAGUCUAUCAAAGUACCUUUCUCCAGCGAUAUCUGUUUAAUUUGAAUGUUAAUUUGAAAUCUGGAUUUUAUUUCGAAUUGUAUAUGUGUAAUGGGCAAUCGUGCUGGAGGGAUGGAAAAGUACAAAAGUCCGUGUUUCUUGGGAAAAUGUUACUUGGUGGCCUUGACGAAACUGAUAAGGCAUGGCUGGAAAAUUGGUUGUUUUGAGAACAAGGGAAAGAGAAUAUUGGCAAGGGCAGAGUGAAUCGAGUAGAAGGAGUAUUGGAUAUUUCAACUCUGUUUGGACCUUUUUUGAUUGUUUUAAUAGUAACUUAUUGAACAUAGCAAUUAAAAAGCAACCAACCCCAAGUUUGGACAGAAGGACACAGGGAAUAAGCCUUAUGGUGAAUGGGUGGAAUUCUUUUAUGAAUUGAGAAAUGAGUUGAUGAAGGAGAUAAAGGAAAAUUUGGAUAAGACAGCAGAUAAACAUAUAGCCCAAAUGGACAAAAAUACUGAAAUGGUGACAGAACUGAUUAUUAAGAGAGAACCAGUGACAAAGAAAACAGAAGCGGUGGAGGUCUUGAUGAUGGAGGAACUUUUUAGAAAAAUGGAAACUGUGAUUGAAAUGAAGAAAUACCAGGAGAUACUCAGGGCAGAUAUGGAUGGCAUGGCGGGUAGGCUGGAAAUAUUUGGCAAUGCCUUGGUGGCUGAAAUAAGGCAAAAAUUAUAGCCUCUGAGAGUAAGAGGAGACUGUGAGGAAGGUGAGCAGGAUUUUAAGUCUGACUUAACUGAUAGUCACCUUCCUGUGAAAUUUAAAUAUGCCAAAGUUAGGAAAAAGAAUGGAAAACACUUGUUGUAUAUGUGCAAAAUAAUGUAAAUAAAUUGAUACAUUGGCAGGCUCAGACUACACAGUUGCAAUCAGCAAAAAUUAGAUAAUAUUAGAAGAAGAAGAGUUGAUAAAAUAUGCGUAUGGAAAUGCAGAAGAAUUUUGUUAAAAUUAGAAGAAGAAGAAUUGAUGAAAUAUGCGUAUGGAAAUGCAGAAGACUUUUGUUAAUAUAAGGAACCAGAAGACGUAAUGGAAGUCAUGAGGUCUAAAGAACCUCAAGAUAAGGUAUUGAAAUGUUUUUGUGAAUGGGGACAAGGGGAAGAAUUUGUGGGUUUUUUUUGGUAGUUAGUUGUAGAAUUUAAUUGUGAAAAUAAAAAUAAAAAUUUGGGUCAAAUGUUCAGAUAAUCCAGUGUCCCACCAAAAUUGUACCAUCCCUUUUUUGUGGGAUAUUGAAUUCCAUUAUCAUUACCACUUCUGACUGAGUGUUAGAAUCAGAUCUAAGCAGAGAAUUUGGCUGGUAAUUUUUAUUCUUGUUAUGUUAUUCCCCAGCCCACCAACUCAUUCAUAACUUCAGCAUUUCAACAUAUCACAUCGUAUAUCUUAGCUUAAAAUAUUUUAAAUAUUCCUGAUAUUUUAUAUACUUUCUUUAUUACAACCCACCUUAAUGUGUAUAUUAUAAUAUUUUACUUGUACCGUUUUUGUUUUUAUUCUGUUCAGGUCUAUAACAAGAAGUUUUUUGCCAGUUGUUCGAUUUCCCUGAUGUAAUGAGACCUAGUUAUUACCUCAUCAGUAAUUACCAGUCUUGUCAUAAAUAAAUCUCCCUUGGAUAAUGUCUCGGUGGAUUUCCAGAGAAUACCAGCCAAAGUCUAAACAAGGGUAUAAAAACCCCUUCCUGCUAUUCUAAGCAAGGGAGAGGUCAGAGGCAGAGAAAGGAUUUCUGCUUUUCUAGUUUUAGAGUUGCAAAAUAGGAUUUUAAUCUGUGAAUUGUUAGAGAAGUGCAGUUUGUGACAAGGCAGAAUAUUGAAAAUAUGUUCUAGAUAGAAAUGAGUGUUUCUGAUAAGAAAUAGUAUUUGCCUCAGUAUGCUGUUGUUUAUUGUGCCUCUUCUCUUUCAUUUGCCACAUAUGGUGUGCAAACACACCACUAGGUGUGCCAUCCAAGAUCUGUCCAGAAUUCCACAUGAAUACUACCAACCUGGUCAUCUUAUUAUUGGCGGACUUGCUUCUCACCUCUUUACUUCUUUUGGCGAAGAAGACUUCACAGAAAGGCUACCUAUCCAUCAACUUCUUGAUAUCUUGUAAAUACUUCAUGUGUUAAGUAAUCAGAUGAUACAAAAACAUUCCCCAGCUCUAACCGGGCUUACUCAAAAGCAAGUUCCACUGAUUUCAGCAGGAUUUCCUUCUAGGCAUAAAUGGUGUGUGUGUGGGGGGACUUUUGCAUAGCUGAGGCGUUGGCUUGGAAGGAGGGAAAUGGAGAUCUGAAUGUGUCAGUGAGAAGAGGCUGCCCCUUGGUGUGCUCUCUGCUCCCCAUAUCCCACCAAAUUUCUUCCAAGUAGAGUUUAACAAUCAGACCCACAGCUUAAACUUCCUUAGUUUGAGUUAGAAAGUCCUUCUCUGUUUUGAAUACUGAACUUCACCUCAGAAAGCCUGGUGUGAGGGGUCUGAAAGCUCACUUCUCCUCUGAGGUAGAGUUCUAAGAGUCCCAGGUGUUCUCAUCCCAACCAGGCUAGACUUUUAUGAUGCUCCUAGUUAUAAAUGUGUCACAGCUCUGAAAGUGAUGAGAACUACUCCAUUAAGUUAGAGUAUCUACUUCUCUGCAUUUCGAUGCAGCUCAUUUGAUCAGUACCUAUAGAUGAAUGUAUGUGUAUGUUUUGCGCUUUCACAUUUCACCAAAUGUUGCAGUGCAGUGUUCCAGUCAAGCAAUGUAUACAAAAUGCAUAUACUGGGGUAAAAUGUAAAUAUAUAUAUAUGCGUAUAUUAAUGAAAGUGGUAUACAAGUGGAAUGCAAUGAAUUCUUUAAGGGGAAAUUGCUUUGCAGAUAUGUGCAUGUCAGAGCAUAAUUUGCAUGAAAAUGUUGAAGAAUUGUCAUGAGGUCCUAAUUUCUAUAAAUGAAAAUUGCAUAGCAUAUAUCCCAAGUAUACAGCAUAAAAUUCUCAUUGCAGUAUUUUGCCAAAGAACUAUCAGCAUAUCCUGGCCUUGGUAUUUGCUGUCAAGGAGGUCAAUGAGAACCCCAAGAUCUUACGUAAUAUCACCUUAG